AAGGGUUUUUGGGUCAAACAACUCCACCCGCGCCUCUCUCCAAAUCCAAGUCCAACGCAUGCUUGAUGCUUGUGCUCCGUUCUUUUCGUUUCACAGAGUAAAAUCUGCAAAAGAAGAAGCUUUGUGUAAAAAAAACUGAUUUUAACAGCAAGGUCCACAUAUUGGUAGCCUACACGCAUGUGUUCCUCGUUUAAGUCUCUCACCAACCUUAACAGGCCUUUCUACAUGUUCCAUUACAACACCAACACCAUCACCUCUGCCUACUCUUCAUGCACUUCACUGUCCCUUCGUACACCACCACCAACUUCCGCUAGGUUCUGCUUUUCUCAGUCUCGCCGCGUCUCGUCAUCGCCUUCUGUUGCAUCUAUGGAGGUGCUUAAAGCAGUGCACCGGCAGGGUGCUGCUGCUCAAGAUAGCAUUGCUAUUAGAGCUGACAAUAAGAGUUACAGCUAUGGGCAGCUGAUUUCAUCUGCGCGGAAGAUAUCAAAUCUCUUGAAUGAUGCCAAUUUUAAAAACAAGACAGAAAGCAAGCAUGAAAGUCCUUCAGUGCGAAAUCUUGAUGGAGCACGAGUAGGAAUCGUGGCUAAACCUUCAGCUGAGUUUGUUGCUGGAGUACUGGGGACCUGGUUUAGCGGUGGUGUUGCAGUUCCGCUCGCUCUCAGCUACCCGGAGUCUGAGCUCUUACACGUGAUGAAUGAUUCGGAAAUAUCCUUGAUUCUGAGUACUGAAGAUCAACAUGAGCUAAUGCAAAAUAUUGCUAGUAAAUGUGCUGCUCAAUGUUCUCUCAUUCCAUCAGUAGCUAAUGUUUCUUCACAGAUAAAUGCCUGUGAUGAUAGCGAAGUUCGAGGAAUAGAUGCAGGUGAGAUUCCUGCUUUGAUUGUAUACACUAGUGGCACAACAGGGAAACCUAAAGGAGUUGUUCAUACCCACAGAGGCAUUAGUGCGCAGGUUCAAAUAUUGGCUGAAGCCUGGGGGUAUACAUCUACAGAUAAAUUUCUGCAUUGUCUUCCGCUGCAUCAUGUUCAUGGACUUUUCAAUUCGUUACUUGCCCCUCUCUAUGCAGGAGCCACAGUGGAGUUUAUGAAAAAAUUUAGUGUCGGUGGAAUCUGGCAGAGAUGGCGUGAAUCAUAUCCAACAAAUGGGAGCAAGGCUGAUGAUGCUAUAACUGUUUUCACAGGAGUGCCGACUAUGUAUACUCGAUUGAUCCAAGGUUAUGGAGCCAUGGAUGCAGAGUUGAAAGCUUCUUCUGCCUCUGCUGCUAGACAGUUGCGUCUUAUGAUGUGUGGCUCAUCUGCACUCCCUCUUCCUGUCAUGGAACAAUGGGAAACCAUCACUGGACAUCGCCUUUUGGAGCGAUAUGGCAUGACUGAGUUCGUUAUGGCAAUAGCAAAUCCUUUAAGAGGGGAACGGAAGGCUGGCACUGUCGGCAAACUGCUUCCAGGUGUUCAGGUCAAGAUUGCAGAUGAUGAGAGUGCAACUGAUGCGACAGCGGGCGGUGAGCUUUGCAUCAAAAGCCCUUCAUUGUUCAAGGAAUACUGGAAGCUUCCUGAGGUAACUAAGGAAUCGUUUACUCAUGAUGGGUUCUUCAGGACCGGGGAUGCUGGUAGAAUGGAUGAAGAUGGAUACUACAUAAUUUUGGGACGUACCAGUGCCGAUAUUAUGAAGGUUGGGGGAUACAAAUUAUCUGCUUUAGAAAUCGAAUCAGUUCUUCUUGAGCAUUCAGCGGUUGCAGAAUGUUGUGUUUUGAGUUUAGCAGACAAGGACUAUGGAGAAGCUGUGUGCGCGAUAAUUGUUCCAGAGGCAGAAGCAAAGACUAGACGGCAGAAAGAAUCAAAGCCUGUUAUCACCCUGGAAGAACUAUCUUCCUGGGCUAAGGAGAAACUUGCACCUUAUAAGCUCCCAACAAAAUUGUUAGUGUGGGACUCACUGCCUCGCAAUGCCAUGGGAAAGGUGAACAAAAAGGAGCUGAAGAAAUCGCUUGCAGGUCAACAAUAAGUCGUUCGUUUACAGAGGUUUAGAUUUCUUAAUCCUUUUCCAUAAGGUGAGAAAAACAACUAAUGCUUCUCUCUGCCCCUUACUUUGUGCCAUGAUGUUGGUUAGAUAGAUGCAGGCAAGUUUAGCUUGGUACAGUAAUUUGGUGUAUGUGGCAUUUGAAUAAAUGAUAAUAAGCUUCUUAUACUGGAAGAACUCUGUUCAAGAAAACAUAUUAAGAAUGUAUCUCUUUGGAUGUAAUGAAGGGUCUUACAGGAGGACAUUUUUCUGGCAAUAGCAAUUGAGAGUCCAAAAUUGUAAACAAUCUGCACUCCGGAAAAGAACUGCGAACCCAACAAAGGAGGGGGAACCUCAAAAAGUAAAACUCAAAAGAAAGUUUUUGUUUAUCUGAUUUGAAUGUUGUAAUGCUUAUUCUUGAAGGCAUUGAGAUGGGGGAAUAAAAAAUUAAAAAA